GGUGGUUGGAAAAAUGUUGGAAAGUUAUAUUUGGAAUGGCAGAAUUAACAGAUGUGGCUAUGAAAAAUAAGAGCUUCAAAAAUACGUUUGCUGAUUACGUAGUCCCAUCAACGCCGCCAAGAAUGGAAGAGCAAGUCCUCCCUGUCACCGAAGAAGCCACAGAUGAGGUGAAAAAGGGCUUUUACCUGCCAGUCUUCACAAGCCAGCAUUUAUGCGCCAAGCCAAAAAAAGGAAAGAGUAUCUUCAAAAAAUCAACAAUACCAUCACCAGAGGAACCAGUCCUCAGUGUCAGCAAAGGAAAAACGGAUGAGAAAUAUAAGGUUGAGUGGGGAUUGUUGGAGUCUCCAUGGAGGGAGGUGGACUUUUCAGUGGACAACAGGGAGGCCCUGGUUGAUUAUGUCACCUCCUACAAGCCCAGCUGUGAUUCUGUAUCUGAGGCCCGGGUUCUGCUGCUAGGCCCGGUUGGGGCGGGAAAGUCCAGCUUCAUCAGCUCUGUUCAUUCUGUCUUCACUGGGAGGGUCACCAACUGGGCCAUGGUUGGAACUUCUUCCACAAGCUUAACGCAAAAGUUCCAAUCCUUUCCUAUUCGGAGACGUGGAGAGAGUGGUGAUCAGCCAACUGCCUUAGUUCUGUGUGACGCCAUGGGUCUGGGAACGGGAGACAUGACUGGCCUGACCCUCCAUGAUGUUCUGGCUGUAAUCAAGGGCCACGCACCUGAGGGACACAAGUUCAGCCCUGAUCAGGCUUUGAGGGAAGAGACAGUGGGCUAUGUGAAGAAGCCAUCUGCCAGAGAGAAGAUGCACUGUGUGGCCUUUGUGGUAGAUGCCACAAAAAUCGACUCCUAUGGCAAAGGCAUGGGCUUCACCUUCCAGCAGCUCAAACAACAUAUCAGUGACCUGGGUGUGCACCAGGUUGCAUUGCUGACGCAUGUGGACCAAAUCUGCCCAGAAACAGCUCGUGACAUCACCAAGGUGUACAGAAGCCGGCUAGUGCAGCACGCGAUGGAAAAGGCUGCGGCUCUGCUGGGCAUGUCCAUGUCCUACAUCGUCCCAGUGAAGAACUACUCCUGUGAGCUGGCUGUGGAUGAGCACACAAACACCCUGCUGCUCUGUGCAGUCCAGCACAUUCUGCAGUAUGUGGAGCUGUACUUCCAGGACCUUACAGAGCCCAGAGUUGUCUGACACACCUUUGCAUUGAAUUCUCAGAUGCCUUAUGUAGAAUAGAAUUUUUGUUGUUGUUGUUGUUUUAAAUUUAUGAAAUAUAAAACAUUGAGUUUUAUAUUCCUCUACAGCAUGUGCAGGAAUCUGUGCACAGCGAUAUGUGUGUGUGUGUGUGUGUGUGUGUGUGUGUGUAAUGAGUGUUGUGAAAAAGUAUUUGUGCCCUUCCUGAUUUCUUCUGUUAUUACAUAUUUGUCACACUGAAUUGUUUCAGAUCUUUGGUCAAAAUGUAAUAUUAGACAAAGGGAACCUAAGUGAACUUGCCAGACACUCUGGGGAUCCAUCACAUUGGUCAGCAUUUAGACAACAACUUAGAAAUAAAUGCACAUCAUCUGUGAGAAAUGCCAAAUCUAAUUAUUAUUUAGACUUAAUUACUAGCUCCUAUUCAAACCCAAAAUUUUGGAAAGCAGUAAACUCAAACAAAACCACUAAUUCCCUAUCUACACAUAUUAAAUGUGGUGACUGUUUGAUUUCUGAACAGAAAAAGGUUUGCAUAGCUUUCAAUAACCACUUUUCUGGUGCUGGGCAUUUAUUUGAAAAGGAAUACACAGGGCCCCGUCUUAUGAAUAAUGAUUGUGUAUGCACCAUGAACCACAUUUCUCAGUUUACCUUUCAGCCCUUCUAUCCUAGUGAUGCAUUUGAAACAUUGCAAGCUAUUGAUACCAGGAGUUCAACUGGAGAGGAUAAUUUGGGUCUUUUCUUCCAAGACAGAGCAAUUAACGCAUAUAUUUAAUCUUUCUAUCUCAACAGGCAUAUUUCCUAGGGUUUGGAAAUCGGCCCAUGUAAUUCCAUUACAUAAAGGAGGCGAUAGAAAUUAUUUAAAUAAUUACCAUCCAAUCUCCAAAUUACCCUGCUUAGCAAAAAUCCUGGAAUUUUUGGUAAAUAACCAACUAAAGGCUCUGUAUUAAGUCCGCACCAAUCUGCAUUUAGAGCACUAUUUCAGCUAUUACUUUAGUUACAAAUAAUUUAGUAUCCGCUUUAGACAAUAAGAAACACUGUGCUGCCUUUUUUGUGGAUCUGUCAAAAGCAUUUGACACAGUUGAUCAUCCUUUGGUCUUACAAAGGUUAUGUAAUAUUGGUUUUGAUGGAAAGGCUUGUGAUUAGUUUCAGAAUUAUUUGUUUGAGAGACUUCAGUGUGUGCAAUCAGGGAGUGCUCAGUCCGAGUCCUUGCCGGUAACGAAGGGUGUUCCGCAAGGAUCAAUUAUGGGUCCUGCCCUCUUCACCGUUUAUAUUAGUGACAUGGUCUCUUCAUUGAGUGGUUGUCAAGUUCAUCUUUAUGCUGAUGACACUAUUGUGUAUUGCGUUGCUGAUUCUGUACAACUAGCCAUUGAGAACCUGCAACUUUCCUUUAAUGCUCUACAGGAUGCUCUUAUUAAUCGUAAACUGGUACUUAAUGCAAAUAAAACAAAAUUCAUGCUGUUUACUAGAGCCAAAAAUAUUGAUUAUAAUAGUUUGCAUAUAUCCACUGCAAAUGGAUCUAAUAUUGAGAGAGUCACUGAAUAUAAAUAUCUUGGCAUCUGGUUUGAUGAGAAACUUACAUUUAAAUAUCAUAUAGACAAUCUUGUCAGCAAACUAUGGCAAAAACUUGGCUUCUUUUACAGAAACAGAACCAGCUUCCCUAUGAUUAGUAGAAAAAGGAUUGUUGAAGCUGUUUUCCUAUCAGUGUUGGAUUAUGGGGAUGUACUUUAUAGAAUUGCUGCUUCUUCCACUCUUAAACCUCUAGACUCGGUCUAUCAUUCUGCCUCAGAUUUAUUACUGGUGUUAGCUAUGGUACUCACCAUUGUAUCCUGUAUGAUAAGGUGGGUUGGUCCUCUCUGGCAGAGAGGCGUAAUAAACAUAAACAUCUAACAUUCUCAAAUGACUGCCUUAUGCUCAAGGUCCCCGGGCAUAGUCUGGAUUUGGAAAGUCAACUUUUUAUCUUAGUGCCCCAACUUCUUGGAAUGAUCUUCAACACAUGCUAAAAAUCAAUUCUCUAUUAACCUAUGGACAAUUUAAAACCAUGAUCACAAACCUCCCUGCUCAUAUAUGUAACUGUUUUAACUGAUUUUUUAUUUGUGUUUUCUUUGUAUUUUAUUGUUUUUAUUGUGUUUUAUUGCUGCAUAAUGUAAUCUCGGCAUCAUCAAAAAUGAAGGCCCACCCUCAAUGUAUCCCCAGGAAUUAAAUAAAGGUUGAAUGAAUGAAAUGAAUGAAUGAACAUAAAACACAUUUUUUAAUAAUUCCAAUUAUUUAAUGAAAAAAGUUAUCAAAAACCCAUGUCCCCCAUGUGAAAACGUAAUUAACUGAAACUUAGUUGCACCUGGUUCAGUAGCAAUACAGUAACUGCAAGCAAAUGUAUCCUAUAAUUUUAUAUCAGUCUUGCACAUCACUGUGGAGGAAUUUUAGCCCACUUUUCUUUGCAGAACUUUUUUAAUUCAGACAAAUUGGUAGGUUUUGUGCAUGACUUGCUCAUUUCAGAUCCUGGCACUGCACCUCUAUUGGGUUCAAGUCAGGACUUUGACUACUUAGCGGGACUUAGCGGUUAGUGCUCUUACUGGAUCAUCAUUGGUAGUGCUGCGUUAAGCUGAACUGGUCAUGGUCUGGUGAUGACUGUCUCAAGCCUGCCCUCAUGGCUGCGUUGGCCCCUGCCUCUGUCUCCCUUAGCUAUGCUGCCGUAGCCUUAUUCUGCCAGGGGUUUCCUUAUCGCAAGCAGGCACCUCUGUCUCAUCUGCUCUGCUUGCUAAUCUACUAUUUGAACCUCCUAACAAUGUUUUUUUUUUCCGUCUUCCUCGGCUCUGGGCACCUGUCCGGACUUCUAGCCCAAGUUUGCUGAGCACCCCCCUGGCCCGGAGCUCCAGCCCUAGACCAGCUAGACCAGCUGGGCACCCCCGCCUCCUACUACUGUUGAUUCAGCUGUAGCACCAAGCCUGUCCCCCUGUCUGACCCUGCCACCCAUUGGUGUUCCUGCCCAUCUCUCUAUGUGACCGGAGUCACCUUUGCUUAGACUUAAUUAAUACUGGAUUGGCUGUUUAUGUAUUAUAAUUUAAUCUGUUUUUAUGUAAGCCAUUUCCUAACAAACCGGUGCCUGCCUGCGGCAGAUGGGUUCCCCCUCUGAGUCCGGUUCUGCCCAAGGUUUCUUCCUGUUAUCAGUCAGGGAGUUUUUCCUUGCCACUGUUGCCCUAGGCUUACUCUUUGGGGGCCGGUUCUCUGUAAAGCUGCUUUGUGACAAAGCUCCUUUGUUAAAAGCAUUAUACAAAUAAAAAUUGAUUGAUUGAUUGAUUGUACACCGCUCCAAAACUUUCACUUAGUUUCUUUUCAGCCUUUCAAAUAUGUUCUUGCUUCUGUGUUUUGGAUCGUUGUUUUGCUGCGUGACCCAGUUAUGCUUCAGUUUCAGCUUACGAACAGAUGACUGGACAUUCUUAUUAAGAGCUUUCUGUUACAGAGCAGAGCAUCCCCGCACCAUCACACUACCACCACCAUGUUUUACUGUUGGUAUGACAUUCUUACUGUGAAAUGCUGUAUCUGCUUUAUGCCAGACAUAAUGCACUUUUGACUCAUCUGUCUAUUGAACAUUAUCCCAAAAUAUUUCAGGAUCAUCUAAGUGCUUUUUUGGCAAAUGUGAGAUGAGCACGUAUGUUUCUCAUGGUUAGCAGUGGUUUCUGCCUUGCUUCUCUCCCAUGAAUCCCUAUUUUGCCCUGUCUAUUUCUUAUUGUGUAAUGAAAACUGACCCUAACUGAGGCUAGAGAGGCCUGCAUUUCUUUGAACGUUCUACUUGGAUCAUUUGUGACUUCCAGAAAGAGGUGUCCCUGCGGCUUUGGAAAACUUUUGGCAAUCAAUCAAGGCUGGUUGUGUUCACUCAGCUGAAUCUAAUUAUUAAUUUAAUUUGGUUAAUUGGGUGAUUGAGCAACUAAGGGACAAUUAAUUUGAAUCAAAUAAUUUUUUUAAUGUUUUUGGGUUUCCUCAGUUUCCCUUUGUCUAAUAUUGCAUUUUGUAUGAGGAUCGGAAAUCAUACUGUGAGACAAAUAUGCAAUAAUAUAGGAAAUCAGGAAGGGGGCAAAUACUUUUUUAUGCCACUGUGUAUGUGUGUGUGUGUGUGUGUGUAUACACAGAAAAGUUGCAUACUCUUUGUAACUGGUGCCAUUACAUAUUGUCUGGAAAAAUAAACAUUUAAUUGAAA